UGGGAGAGGUAGGACUUAACUUAUCUAUGGCAUGGCAUAUAAUGUGUCAUACGAUUAGCACAUUUCAUAAGUAUUCACGUCAUGUUGAUGUGUCUGGUGUUGCUGCUGAUGGUUGGCACGGUAGGCAGUGCUAUUCCUGUCACCAUCUAUCCCCAGUUCUACUCCCAGGCAGGCAAGGUGAACUUUGAGACUGGCCGCUGGGGAAGCCACAACGGCAUGGACAACGAUAGAUACAUUCAGCCCAACAUUGUUAUUGGAUCUCAUAGUGGGAGAUGGAUAAGCCCGGACAAAGCCUUGUUUGGGAAGGUCCCAGAGGAUCCUCAUCGCCAUGGUUACCCUGACCCAACACAUUUUUGGAACCAAAGGGAUGCCAUAUCCAACAAGUACAGCCACAACAUCAAGGGUUAUGGCCGUAACCCUAACGGAGUCAUUGUAUUCAAUGGUUUGUUUUGGCCCGACUGGAUGACGAAAACAACAUACGGUGGCAAGUUCCCUAAGAACAUGGACGCUGCUGCAGAGUUCGUGCUUCUGUUUUUGGAAGCGGUGAACGGGUCCGCUGGAAGCAUCCCACCAAUAGUAGAGGUCUACAACGAGCCUGGCGCGGACUACAAAUACCUCAAAUGGGACACAGUCGUCGCCUACCAUCAAGUCGUCGCCAAGAAGCUCAAAGCCAAGUUCCCGACUCUCCGAGUCGGAGGUCCGACCAACACAGGGACAGUCUCCCACUCUGACAGGGAGGACUUUAGUGUGUGGAAACGUCUGGCCGACUUCAUGAACAUGUCCGUCACGGACAUGGACUUCUUCUCCUUCCAUGACUACAGCCACCUCAAGGUUGCCGGCGAUGGAUACACCUUUUACGGCAGCAGCCCAGCCAGGCUUGGAGCAUUCAUAGACUUGGUGGAGAAUUAUGCACACGUUAAAAACGGGAGAAAUGUACCGUUAGUCAUCAGUGAGUUUGGUCUUACGUUGAUCAUUGGUUUAAAUGACCAGAAACCAAGCACCUUUGCUGACUGGGCGUACGUCUACCAGCACAAUGCUCAUAUGUUCACCUACCUGAGCUACAGGGACGUUAUUGACACGGUUGUUGCAUUCCUAAUAUCCUACACGGACUUAAAGGGACAAGCAAGCAUCACGUACAGCCUGUUUGAGAGAAAUGGCACUGAGAGAACAGUUUCUGAUGCCUUCAAGUUUUGGAAGUAUUUUCAUGACAACCUGAAGUUCCUGAGAGUUGAUGACGCCUAUGACGGCAAUGAGAAGACGAUAGCCUCACACGCUCUCGCCAACGUUGCAACCCAGGAGGUGACAGUGCUCCUCCACAACUACAAGAAGGUACAGGCUACAGUCAACCUCACCUUCCCUAACAACUGGCUUAAACCAUCCUCUGCCACUUCAACCUGCUUCUAUCGGAACCAUCACAACAACGUAUCGGUAUUUCAACCGAACAAAACCGUCCGCAUCAACCACAAUCAGGUCCUUCUGGAACCGGAGUCAAGCUGCUUCUACAGCCUCAAAUCAGGUCAUAGUUUCGCGCAUGCGCAGACUAUAAAUGAAGUUAAGUAUUACGGGGUAGCCGUGGUCGUGCCCAUCCAAAACAACGCCGUGAACACACAGGUUGGCAUUCCUUUCCUUGGCACCAUCAAAAUGGCGCGUCUCAGAGUUGCUGUUAGUCUGAAGGAUCGGUCUUCCUCAACUAAACCUCACACCGUUUCCAUAAACGGACAUGUUCUGACGUCAUUCAUGUUCCUGUCCGACGCUGCGAGUCAAGGUUUUGAACCGACUCUGUGGGAGGUGUACGAGUAUAACGUCCCUGUCGCUGCUUUAAAACAACAUCACAAUACCGUUGUUUUUACUUUUGGCCAUGUCGCCGGAUAUGUGUCAAGCGUCGCAAUCAUAGUCGGGCGUUAAAACGUGUAUAUACUCAAACACAAAAGUAACUGUGAUCACUGUGAACACUUUCUUGGAAAAUGUUAAGUCUACUGGGCCGUAUAGGCUUUAUAGACAUUAGCAAUUGUUUAUAGUUGAAUAUAACAAUAUCAAAAUUCUCAAAUCGAAUGCUACCAGCGAGUUGGAAUCGACAAAUGCUUGAGGCAUGGCUUUUUCUGUGACUACGGUAUCCAAGCCUUAAACAUCCCUCAAGCUAUCCUAGUCUAUCCUGACAUUUUGAUUGUACAAACAAACAUGAUCAAUCUGUAACACCCCAUAUUGCACGUCAUAAUAAUUCUUAUUUGGGUUCAGUUAUCACACUGACGUUUUGUGUUUGAGUAAACAUUAGGAAUGUUGAAUCGCUGGAAAAAUCCGCCAAAUAAAAGGGAUUCGUCGCAUCA